UCAGAAACAGUCAUCCAGGGUCUUCCAGCCGGGGCAGGAGGGCUCCGUCGGGGAGCGGAGCGCCGCUGUCCCACGCCGUAAAACGUCCCUCUACAGUCCCAGCACGCGUGGAACCGCGAGGGAGUCCCUGAGCAUGUGCAGACUUCCCUCUUGCUUCGGAAUAAUAUUACGGUACUCAGAAAGAAAGAUAGGCAGAAAGUCUUUUCCCCUCGGGUAUUAAACAGCUGUGCUUAGGGUGCGCAGAAGGUGACGCAGGAAGGCACAGAAACCGUAGUAAGCGUGUUUAGAAGGAUUGAGCGCGGUGGCUGUACGGACAAGCCAGGAGAAGGCUGUUGUUUACUACAGACAGAGCUACAAGGGUGGCCGGUGUCAGGAAUCGGCAGUACCGAACCGUGUAGGAAGUGGCUGGAACACAAGGGAGCGCCUUGGAAAAGCAAGUCGCAUCAUUACUAUCGCAGUAUUACUGAUGUCCAACUCUGUUGAGCGGUGUCCAUUCCCGCUAGAAGCAGCCGUAGUCGCUAUGAGUCCGUUUGUUCCACAGCUCCAGAUGUUAGGAGGCAGUUGCUGAGUGGGAUGGACCGCACAGCAGCAGAAACCUGGAUUUCAUCCGUAUUCCUGCAUUUGCAGAUCACUGUAGCAAGUACUUUAGGUUGGAAAAAGACGAGGAAUGGAUUGGUGACGUAUGCGGGAUUUUUAAAACGCUGUUCCCUGGAAUUCCAGGGUUUCGCAAGAACUCGAUGGGGCUCCAUUAGAGACUAAGGGCGAAAAACAAAAGCCCCUCAAAGCCAAAAACCUUGAAUACAGAUGUUCUGGCACUAGAGCUUUGCCUCUCGGUCAGGGGUUCGAGACAGGUUCCCCAGCCCGAAAAAGUUUGGAAGCCCUUGAUCUGUGGGACCGCCUUUCUCUUGCUUGGCCCCUUUUCUUCUGAGCUGUAAAACAACCGCACAGGCUGCAACUAAGAACCUGGCCCCCGCGCCCAGGAAGACACCCAAGUCUUCAGGGCUCUUUGCAAAGCCACCAGGCUCAGGGCCGAUUUAAUCUCAGGGAGGUUGGUGCUCCAAAGAGCAGGCGUGCAACAGAAAAGACGCACUUCCUGGGUCCCGAAAGGCUGUCCCCUUCACCAGCGGGGCCCACAGCACGCCUCUCCUGCCGGACUAAGGGAGGAUGGAGGAGGGUGGUCCUGCAAAUCACCCACGCGGGACGUUACAAGCGCCACCUUCCAAGCCAGGACAUCACAGCAGCCCGGGCAGCUUGCAGGGCAGAGCUGUAGCGUGGGUGUGCCUGGGCUGCUGCAUUCUGAACUAGCUGCAGCUUCUGGAUGCUCUUCAAGGGCGGGUCCAUGUGCAGCACAUUGCAGUAGUCCACUCAGGAGGUGACCAAGGCAUGAACGGUCCCCGUAGCGUCAUUUCAUUUUAUACCUUUAACAUUCUGAUCGCUUUUGUUGCAUUUUUAAUGUAGGCCAUUUUGAGCUUUUCUCAUUUGGCAGCCAUAUAAUCUAGUCAAGAAACACACGAUGUGCGUAGAAUUUCAGGCAAAAAACCAAGCUGUAUGGGGAAAAAUGUACCCGUGCUGUGAAGGGCUAUCAACGGUUCCAUUUUCUUCCCCAGGCCAGAAAUAAGGAUCCAGAUUGCUGUGUGGAGAAGUUGUUGCUCUUGAGGCAAAGCUAAACAGCAGCCAUCUCACCUGGAGUUCCCUGUUUUGAAGGGCUGGUAAUUGCAGCAUGGCUUCUUCUAGGCCUAUGGGCAAGUUCUGGGAGUGGGGUAAGAAUAUCUUCUGUGUGGGGCGGAAUUAUGCAGCGCACGCCAAGGAGCUGAAGAAUGCGCUUCCCCCCGAGCCGCUCUUCUUCCUCAAGCCCUCCUCAGCCUACGUCAGGGAAGGCAGCCCCAUCGUCAAGCCCUACUACUGCAGUAAGCUCCACCACGAGGUGGAACUGGGCGUGGUGAUUGGGAAGAGCGCCCGGGCCGUUCCUCAGGAAGCAGCAAUGGCUCACGUGGCGGGCUAUGCCCUCUGCCUGGACAUGACCGCCAGGGAUACUCAGGAGGAGUGCAAGAAGAAGGGGCUUCCUUGGACGCUAGCCAAAGGAUUCAGCACCUCCUGUCCAGUGAGUGACUUUGUACCCAAGGAGAAAGUCCCAGAUCCGCAUCAGCUGAAGAUCUGGCUGAAGGUAAACGGAGAGUUGCGGCAGGAAGGGCAUACGUCCGGCAUGAUUUUCUCCAUUCCCUACAUCAUCAGCUACAUCAGUGGAAUUGUCACACUGGAAGAAGGGGACAUCAUCUUAACGGGAUCCCCGGAAGGAGUUUCUGCUGUGCAAGAGAAGGAUGAAAUUGAAGCUGGGAUCGAGGGGCUGCUGCAAAUGCAGUUUCAGGUGGUAGGGCAGAAAAGCCGGCCCUGAUGUGUGGGAAGCUCCUUUUCUCUGGAAGAAAAAAGAGGGUCGAUUGCUCAUACGGGAGACCCGAUUCCCCCCCCCCCCAUGAGAUGGAAAAUAGCAGGCUUUUCAGAAGAACCUACAAUGAUUGCCUUUUCUUAUUCGGAUGUCUCGUCUCUGACGGAGCGUGGACCACGGAGAUCCCAACCUACUGAGUACCAGACACAGUGACUUUAUUUGCACAUAAGAUAAGCCAGAAUAUAGCAAUAUUGCCUAGUUGGCGCAGCACAGCAGUCCUUUUGGGUUGCCCUGCUGUGAUUUGCAGAUUAGAUCUAUGGGCUGCUUCCCUUGGACAGGGCCCGGUUUGGAAGCUGUUGUUGUUGACUUCCUAUUUCUGGCUUGUCUGGAAAAGGCCAGCCGGUCACUGUAAAUAAACAAGCCUAUAUAUUUUUAGAACUGCAAAACACUGCGUAUCAUACGGUCAUACCCUACCUUCCUUAAAAACGUUAACCAAAUAAUGAAGGAAUUUUGUGCCAAACUGUAUUGUUUAAAAAUUAUAAUUUAUAUGUUGAGAUUUAAAAAACACUUUGCAAUGAAGCCAAAACUUGUCUUUUUGUUUCUGUGAAUAAAUGCCAGACAGUU